UGUUCCCGCGACCUCCCCCUCCACUCCGUUAGCGAGUCGAGGAGCAGUGACCUGCACUCGGCCUCCCAGCAGGCUGAGCAUGCUUUGCUGAAGCCCAUCGCUUCGUUCUCCCUGCGGAUCAGGGCUACAGCCGCUUGAGUGACUCGCACUCGCGGGCAUGGAGCCAGACACUGUGGAUACAGAGUGGACGCGGUGCCUGCCUGCAGGAGCUCACAGGCCGGCUGGGCGGACGACAGCAGGCAGCAGGAGGACGAGUUAGACCGCGCCAAGCCCGGGCGGGGGGUCUCGGGGGAUAGGGCCUGGUUCUGGGGUCAGGCAAGCCACCCCGCCCUACACCUUGUGUGACACUUGGCAAGUUGACCCCUCCGCACUUCAGUUUCCUCAUCUCUAAAACAGAAGAUGGGAAAAUGAAGGAGCCAGAUGAUCAGGACACUGAUGGGGGGAAAUCAGACAGAUCAAAGAGUGAUAGAAGGCCGUCCCAGGGGUCCUCUAAAUCUGAACCAAGAUCUGCUGUGAAAGAGGAUUACAAAUUUUUGGAAAAUACUACAGAUGAAACAGUUACUGAAGGGGAAGAAUCCUAUUUAGAGGAUGAUGACUCAUAUACGGAACAUUUGGAAGGCAGUUCAAGUUCACUUCAAGAAGAUUAUGCGGAAAGCGUUGGAGAAUCUCGGUAUAUGGAAACCCCUGCCCCAGCUGCGGAAGAGGCAGAGGAAAAAGUUAAGAAGAAAAUAUCUGAGACCUUCUUCUACUAUUAUACGCAGCUUGUUUCGACGCCUUUUGUGACUCCGGAUUCGAACAUACCAUUGGAUCUUCUCACACUUGUACAUUCCUUUGGUUAUGACUGCAGAAAGCGAGCCAACCUACAGCUUUUGGACAACAACACUGUGCUGUACGUAGCUGGGAACCAGCUCAUCCUUCUGAAUUUGAAAACCAAGGAACAGAUCUACCUGCGAAGUAGCAGUGGUACAGGAAUUGGCGUCAUUGGGGUUCACCCUGAUAAAACUUACUUCACGGUAGCUGAGAAAGGAUUUUCCCCAAAGAUUGUCGUCUAUGAAUAUCCUUCUCUGAGGCCCUACAGAAUCCUUCGAGAUGGGACUGAUCUGGGCUAUGCUUAUGUGGACUUUAACUACAAUGGUACCUUGCUGGCCUCUGUUGGAGGCAACCCUGAUCACACACUGACCAUCUGGAAUUGGAAAGAAGAGCAGCCCAUACUGAGGACAAAAGCUUUUUCUCAGGAAGUUUUUAAGGUUACUUUCAAUCCUGAAGAUGACGAGCAGCUUACUACAUCGGGAUCAGGCCACAUCAAGUUCUGGGAAAUGGCUCUAACGUUCACUGGUCUCAAGCUGCAGGGUUUACUAGGGCGGUUUGGUAAAACAGCCACUACUGAUAUAGAAGGUUACAUGGAGCUCCCCGAUGGGAAGGUGCUCUCGGGGUCAGAAUGGGGCAACAUGCUGGUUUGGGAAGCCGGCCUCAUCAAAGUUGAGCUCUGUCGAGCUGCCCGGAAGUCUUGUCACCAGGGUCCCAUUAACCAGAUCGUGCUGGAUGAGGGCGAAGUCAUCACUGUCGGCUCAGACGGAUGCAUCAGGAUAUGGGAUUUUGAGACAAUCGACACUGCUGAUUCUAUAGAUGACACUGGAUUGUUAGAGAUCGAGCCCAUUAAUGAACUUCAAGUAGACAAGAAUGUUAAACUCUUCUCGAUGAUAAAAAUGAACGAAACUGGACAUAACUUUUGGUUGGCUCAGGAUGCCAGUGGAGCCAUAUGGAAGCUUGACCUUAGUUUUUCAAAUAUUACCCAAGAUCCAGAAUGCCUCUUCUCCUUCCAUUCUGGAGCCAUCGAAGCCUUGGCCCUCUCUCCUCUCACCUACCUCAUGGCCACCACUGCCUUGGACUGCUCUGUUCGAAUCUAUGAUUUUGCUAGCAAAACUCCUUUGGCUCAGAUGAGAUUCAAACAAGGAGGUACCGCCCUCGCUUGGGUGCCCCUGCUGGUAAGCUACACUGGAGCACAGAUUAUUGCAGGAUUCGAAGAUGGGGUUGUUCGAAUUCUUGAACUUUAUGAUCCAAAAAAGCUCACAGUUUUUGCAGGACGGAAAAGAAUUUUGGACGCAGAGAUUCGUUUGAAACAGGUUUUCAAACCCCAUACUGCUCAUGUCACGGCUUUAGCUUAUGAACGUGAUGGAGAAAUUCUAGCCACAGGGAGUAAAGAUCAAACUGUCUUCUUCUUUGAAGUGGAAAAGGGUUAUAAGCCAAUUGGUUAUAUUACUACUCCUGGACCUGUUUGCCAGUUAUUAUGGUCUCCGAGCUCUCAUCCUGAAAGUACUUUACUGAUCAUCUGUGAGAAUGGCUAUGUUCUUGAAGCUCCACUUCCAACCAUAGAGGAAGAAGAGGAGGACCAUGAUGUCGUUUCCUAUGAAAUCAAAGACAUGUCCAUAAAAUGUUUCCAUUUCUCAAGUGUCAAAUCUAAGAUUCUGAGAUUAAUAGAACUUGAAAAGAGAAAGAAAAAAAAGGAGUUGAGGGAGAAGGAAAAGGAAGAAAGGAGAAAGCAGUUAGCAGCAGAGAUGGGAGAAGAUGGAGAAAAGGAACUCCAGGGCAAAGAGGAGGAGAAGGAGGAAGAGGAAGAGGAGCCGUUACCCCAAAUCUUUAUUCCAUCAACCCCCUGUCACAUCCUUUGUGGAUUUUACUCUGGGCCAGGGAAGUUCUGGGUUUCUUUGGGUGGCUAUGACGCUGGUUUUUUAUAUCACUGUGCGUUCCCCCCAUAUGACAAAAGCCGUGAUAUCAAAGAACAGAGAGAUGAACCUUUUGAUUUCCGUUUUCUUCAGGAUACAGAGGAUAAUCCUAUCCAAGCUAUCACUUUCAGCAUUAACCAAGAUGUGAUGUUUUGUGGAAUGAAAAAUGGAGCAAUUCGAGUCUAUAUCUUAAGUCAGAAUGAUCUUUCAUUGACCAAUAUGGCGGACUACUGGCACUUCAAUAUGCAUGAUAAUAAUUAUGGAUGUGUUAAAGGCAUCUCUGCUAGCUUUGAUGACCGUUUCUUGGUGACUACUGGAGCAGAUAGUAAUAUCUUUGUUUUCAAUGUUUUUUCUGAAUUUGAGUUAAAAAAAGCCACCAAAGCUAAAGUACCAUCUCCCAGGUUCGGAAUUGAAACAGAGCCACUUCCGAAAGACAUUGAAGAUCCCAAAACCUACAGUAUUGAGAAUGCCAGAAGAAAAAGAGAACAUGACAAGUUAAUGAAGGAAGUGGAAGAAAUAAAGGCUGGGAAGAGGGAACAACUCAAAGCUUUGAGGACUGAAUUUUGGAAACUGCUAGAAAUGAAUGAAGAAUUACCAAAGCAUAUGCAGUUUAAACGCACAGAUUUUGAUGUAGAUUCCAAAAUUCGUGCUGAGAUUGACAGAAAAACAGUUUACAAAAUUCAGCAAGUGGAAAAGGAAUUAGGUUGGGAAAAAGAGAAACAUCGAAUUGGCCUAAUGAAGCUACAGAAUAGGUUCCGUGAUUCAUUAGAGAGUGACAUGGUUGUGGUUCAUGCCAUACAAAGUGAUCACAAGGUCUCCUCCUACAGGCUUGUGAAGCCCUCUAAGUACUCCAGGUCCAAACGGGCAAGUCAGUCAGAGAGAAGAACAAGCAAAUUUGAGAGGUUUGAAAAAGAGGGAGCUGGGAGAAAGGACAGCCAGAGAGACACAGGUGGGAGUAUUAGUCUGCCGGAAGAAUCAAUUAUAGAAAAAGGGAAGAAAUUUCGACCUAAAACUCUGAGUGAAAUUAUGGUGGAAAAUCAAAUUGAGAAAACAAGGAAACUUAUAGUAAAAGCUGAAAGGGCCCAAAUUAAGAUUCAGCAGCGAAAAAAAGAAUGGGAGGAACUGUACAAGAGUAAACCUGAUGAUGACUAUGAAGAUCCCAAAGAUGUUCAAGCCAUCAAAGAGGCCCAGUUGUGUAUGGGAGACUUCAAUCUGAAGACAGCCUCAGACUAUAAGAUACCUGAGCACAUGCGAAUAAAUGCUGCCAAGAAGGAAGAGGAACUGGGACACCUAGACUCUCUGGCCCAUUCAAAGAAAAUGCACAUGAACAAGUGCAUCCUCUCUCUUCGAGACCUUAAAGUGGCUGUCAUCGAGGAAAUACAGUGCCUGGUCCAAGAAGUGAAGAACAUUCAGUCGACUCUUCAUAUAUCUAAGCACGUCCCCAUCCCCCAAAUCCCUCAGAUACACCCGGAAGAAGUUCCCGAAAAGAGAUUUCAGUAUGAUGAGGAAACUCUCCUAGUUUUUAAGAGACAGCAGAUGAAAAGUCGGGCUGGAAAGGACCCCGAAGUGGAAUGUGCAGGGUCUUCAGGCUCAGCUGGAGGAUUCCUCAGAAUCUCUUCUGGAAAGGACGGGGAUCUGACGACACGAGAUUCAUUGUCUAGAUCAUCAAAGGCAUCAUCAUUCGGUCUCGAGGUUCCGAAGCUUUUGGAAUUUGAGAGAGCAGAUCCAACCGAAGUGGAGCUGGAGGUUAUGAAGAGGGACGAGAUUAAACACAUGUACAUGCAACAGUAUUUGACCAACAGGAUCAAAGAACUGAUUGUCACUUUCGAUGCGGAACUCCGUCUCCUGAGACAUCAGAAACUGAAACUAGAUACUCAGAUGAAAUUGUCUGACCUGCACCAUGUCACAUUAUUUCAAGAAAUCCUUCUCCUCAAGAAUUUUGAAAAACAGGAGAACAUACUUCAAGAGCGUGUUAAUUCGUUAGACAAGGAGGAACAGGACUUGCAGUGGAAAAUAAAUGAAACUCUUAAAGAGAUGGAAGAGAAAAAGAAUGAAGUCGCCAGGCUUCAGGACCAAGAAAAGGCACUCUAUGCUGGUUUCCAAGCAGCCCUUGGAGAAAACAAUAAAUUUGCUAACUUCCUCAUGAAGGUCCUGAAGAAAAGGAUUAAGCGGUCGAAGAAAAAGGAAGUUGAAGGGGAUGCUGAUGAAGAUGAAGAUAGUGAUGAAUCAAGUGAGGAAGAGUCCAGCUUGGAGAGUGAUGAGGAUGAGUCUGGAUCUGAAGAUGAGGUUUUUGAUGAUUCUAUCUGCCCAACAAAUUGCGAUACGGGUCUUUUUGAACUGGCCCUUCAACUUCGAGAGAAAAGGCUGGACAUCGAAGAGGCCUUAGUUGAAGAAAAGAAAACUAUUGAUAACCUCAAAAAGGAAUAUGAUACAAUGUCCAAAAAAGUAAAAAUUGUGGGGACUAAUCUGAAUGCAGCAGAGGAGGCCCUGGAGGCUUAUCAGCGAGAGAAGCAGCAGCGGCUGAAUGAACUGCUGGUUGUGAUUCCGCUCAAGCUCCACCAGAUAGAGUAUGUGGUAUUUGGGGAAAUACCUACUGAUCUUUCUGGAACUUUGGUCUUUUCUAACCACUCCUUGGGACGGCUGCAAGAGCGAAUUGUACAGCUCCAGGAGGAAAAUUCAAAGCAGCAAAAACUUAACAAAGAAUGCCGGGAGAGGCGUAAACAGCUUAUCCGAGAAAAGAGAGAGAUGGCAAAAAAUAUAAACCAAAUGGAAGAAACAGUCCGUCAACUCAUGAUCAGCAAGUUCGGCCGUGUGAUAAACCUAGAAGCCCUUCAGACUCUUUCUGUGAACACCACACUCGAAGAACUAAAGAUCAAAAAACUCCGAAAGGAGCUAUCGAAUGCAAAGGAAAUGAAGAUGUGGGAGGAAAAGAUUGCUCAAAUGCGAUGGGAACUGAUGAUGAAGACAAAAGAACACACUAAAAAGCUUCAUCAGAUGAAUGAUUUAUGUAUCGAAAAGAAGAAACUUGAUUCUCGUUUGAAUACACUACAGAACCAGCAGGGCAAUGCCUUCCAGGGCCCUCGGAAAGCAGACAUUGUGGCAAGAGAGAAGGUCACGGAACUGAUCCAAGUCCAGGCAGAAAGGAUUUCCGCCUUAAAGAAAGAGAUUGCCCUUUUGCGCAAGAAAGGUGGGUUCAUCCUCCCACCCAUUCAGCCUCCACAAGAGAACCAGAUGAAGCCCAUGGAUCUUUAAAUUUGCCUCUUUCUCAAAUCCAUCCAAGAUGUCUGACGCAUUCACCAGAAGUUCUAUUCCUUGUGGCCUGCGACAAUCCUAAUGUUUUAAAGUGAAGUUAUCUAAAAGUCUGAAACCAGAUCCAGUCAUGUAGUUUUAAUAUUGUUUCUCCAGUUUGGUUAUCUGAGAACUGACUGCAGCACUCAACAUCUGUUUAUUAUUGAACUGAACCAUCUUAGAUCUGUUUGGAACCAACUGGAUUGAGUAUGCAGUCCCAGAAGGCUGUGUCUCACAUCGCAAGCAAGCAUCUGUACUAUAGCCUGUUUUAGGAAAUUGGUUUUUUGGUUCUCUGAAUUUUUAGCCAUUGGCAAGAAAAAGUGUCAUUCAGCAAUCCAUGAGAAAACUUCCUUUCUUCAAAGCUUGAAUCCUUGGAAAAUAUACUUUGAUGUUAUUAAGUAUUCUCUGGGAGGACACAAGAGAAAAAGACAACCUAUUUUACCAACGAUAUCUGAGAACAAGAAAUACAAAUUAGAAUUUUGGCAUUGUUACCUGCAUAGAGCAGUAAUGUGAGGGCUUAGGAUUCAGGAAGUGCAGACAGAGAUAGCAAAGCAGUUCACUCUGGCUUGGCAGAAAGGAAAUAACCAGCUUCCUGAAUCACCCACGGUUUCAGCAAACCCUUCUGCAAUCAGUGGGGCAGUGGCGUGUGUUUUGCAAAAUGGUCAACAAGGAGGUUCUCCUCUGAAGAUGUUUGCCGCUUUCUCAGUAUUCUAAGUAUUCCCACCAUUUCUUAUGUCCUAUGCCAUUUUCUUUCAGGUUCUACUUGAGUCAUUUGCUAGUUUUGAUAUAGAUCCAGGAGUAAUGAAAUAAAUUACAUCAUUCUGAGAGAUCCUCUCUAACAAUCACUUCUGAUUGUGCAUAACAUUUUAAACUAAUCUGAGAGUAGCCUUUUGGUUUGGGGGUAAGCGGUCAUUGGGAUGCAUGGCUGCACCCAUCUAACAACCGUCCCGCUGAUAUUUGGAUUCCUGUUAAUAGUGGCACAUGGCACUUAAGAUUCAGAGCUCCAUGUGUCCAUAUUAAGGAGCUACUCUAGUGAGGCUGUCCUAGCAUAUAAGUUGGUCACUGAGAAGGAAAGGUGAAGAAGGCCAUAUUGCAUCAUGGAAAGUGACUCAGCAAUGGCAAGUCUUCCUAACCUGUGCUAGCCUGCUCAUCUGCUCCCAAAUACAGACAGGACUGACUGACUUUGUGUGUUAGAAUACAUGUAUGCGUAGCCAUUUGGCCUAUUGUCUCCCUAAGAUUCUUUCGUAUUCCUUCUUAAGAGGUCCCAACAGUUCGUGCUCAUCACCAUAAAUCUCUGACGUAGGCAGCUUCUCUCCUGGAGAGCACCCUUUCAUCACUUUCUCUGCUGUAUGCCCUAAACUAUGUGUGCCUUUCAAGCAUUUUAAAAAAUGUGCUAGUCAUCACUCUGAGCGUUCCACUUAUUUAUUGCUGCAUAAAAAUUACCCCCAAACAUAGCUUAAAACAGCAAACACUUAUCUCAUGCAGUCUCUGAGGGUCAGGAAUCUGGGAGCAGCUGAGCUGGGCGUUUCUGGCUCAGGGUCUCUCGUGAGGCUGCGGUCAAGCUGUGAGUCAGGGUUGCAGCCAUCUGAAGCUGGAAGGGCUGCUCCCAAACACCCUCACUCGGCUGUUUAGCAGGAGGCUUCGGUUCCUCACUGGCUGCCUACCAUACGAGCCACUGUCUGCAUAAAGUGGUCGGUCCCCGAGGAGACACUGUCCCCUUGGUAGUGGUGAGAGUCAGGGGCAGUUAGGUCAUCUUCCUGGGCCUCAUUUUAUUGUCUGACAGAUGAGAGAUUUGGAGCAGCCCUGAGGUCCCUUCCCGUUCUGAAAUCCUAUAGUUCUAAUUGCAGCAAGAGUGGAUUUGGGGUCUAUGGAAGAGCCGUGUCAAGGGUUCCAUAUGUGUUUCGACUUAGAGCAAAACCAAUCAGGAUGAUUAUUUUUUUCCCAAAUUGAACUGGACUAAAUCGUUUCUGAAGUCCACAAUAUUUAGGCCUUCCUCCAGCAUGUUUGAAAUUUGACAACGUAGUUAGCACUCAUUUUUAUUUUGAAAUGGACAACACAGACAGAUAGUUUUAGUUUCCUUUCUACUUGAUUCCAGACUUAGUCUUGAAUCUAUAAUUAAGAAUGAGCACCUGAGUCUUUGGAAAGUUCAGCUUCCAACAGAAGGAGACCCUGGGGUGCAGCUUCAGCUGGGGGCAGAUGGCAAGGGGUCCUGCUGCCCUGAUCGCACUGUUCUCCGCCUCCUGCUGUGCCCUCAGACAAGGCAGCCUCUCCUCUGAGCGUGAGGCCCCAAAUCAGUCUAAAUGAGUUACUUGUGGAUCAACCGUUAAUGAAGCUUGGCUAUUGUGAACCCUCAUGCAUAGUAUCUCAUCUCAGCAUUGGAAGAAAAACUGUAGAGUCCAGCAGGAAAAGCAGUUAUCAUUCCUGUGAAGUCAGCCUGUCCUAUCGCAUGGGCUGCCCUCCUGAUAGGGGUUUCUGGGCCAGGAGCCAGGUCUCUGAGCUCUGCACCCCCACCAGCUCAGCACACUGGGUCUUACUCUUCCGUCUGGUAAUUUAUACAGCCUUUGCUGACUGACUCAAAUUUUAAAAAGGCAUUAUAGUAACUAACCUGCAUCUAAAGAAAUAAAAAAUGAAAUGAAAUUGAA